GAAGAAGACCGCGGAGACGAGACGAGGACACCGGCCGGUAUAAAUGGCAGUGUUCGCGGCCAGGGCGGCACUUCCAAGUCAACUGGCGGUCCAGAUCCACCGAACCACCUCCCGGCCAACACCAUGAAGCUCCUGAUCCUCGCCGCCCUCGUGGCCGUGGCCGUGGCCGACUACCACGACGACACCUUCCACUUCUCCACCCUGGGCAGCAGCCCCUCCCUGACCGGCCUGACCGCCUACAGGACCUCCGGCCUCGAGAGCGCCGGCUUCGCCCGCCAGGCCAAGCAGUACACCGUGCAGGCCGCCAGCCCCGCCGUGUACUCGUCCUUCUCCGCCAAGCCCGCCUACACCCAGUACUCCACCCAGCAGCUGCUGCAGCCCGCCUACACCAAGAAGUACACCGUGCAGCAGGUCGCCCAGCCCGCCUACACCGAGAAGUACACCGUCCAGCAGGUCGCUCAGCCCGCCUACGUCGAGAAGUACUCCGUGCAGCCCGCCUACGCCAAGCAGUACUCCACCCAGCAGUUCGUGCAGCCCGCGUACACCCAGGAGUACUCCGCCGUGAAGCAGUACGCCGCCAAGCCCCUGGUGCAGCAGUACUCCGCCCUGUCCGGCGCCUCCGCCUACGCCGCCAACGCCCCCCAGUUCCGCAUCCUGUCCCAGGUCCAGGAGGCUGACCCCGCCGGCCCCUACAAGCUGAGCUACUCCACCGAGAACGGCAUCCAGGUCAGCGAGCAGGGCGCUCUCGCCAACGGCGCCGAGGGCCCCGCCGUGGCUACCCAGGGCUCCUACUCCUACACCGGCCCCGACGGCCAGGUGUACACCGUCAACUGGAUCGCCGACGAGAACGGCUACCGCGCCUCCGGCGACCACCUGCCCGUCCCUCCCCCCGUCCCCGCCGAGAUCCUCAAGUCCCUCGAGGAGAUCGCCCGCAGCGGCAGCCGCUUCGACGAGCAGGGCAGGCCCUUCCGCAAGUAAGCCGGGACCGCGGCCAACAAGCAGGCCAAGGCGAGGUCCAGCGAGGUGCAGGGAUGACAUUUGACGCGAAAAUGACAUUCUCUGACAUUAGUUUGACUUCGUUUUGACAACGUUUUUGACUUGAUGUUCUCCAUGGGAACAACCUCGCAAGAAAUCCAUAAGGACGACAUUCGCCCGCGCAUGAAAAUUUUUCUCCGAAUCGGAGAGUUUCCGACUAGAAUAAAAAACGCGAUACAUCCCAAA